AUGACUGACGACGAAGACGCGCUCUUGGCAGCUUCGCGGAAGGCAUACCAAACAAAUGCGAAGCUUAGCACGGCAGAAAAAUCAAAUCAGCAGGUUUUUCUCGAUGGCACUGAUAUCAUUCGCUUUGAAGACAAUGAUGACGACGCCCACAAGUGUGGCACAGAAUCUACCAAGCCGGUCAAGCAGUCCAGCAUAAAAAAACAAGGCAAACAGAGGGAAAAACCAAGGGAGGAUCUAUCAGAUGCGGCCCUGCAUGCUCUGGAAGUCACUUCCGUCACUCCGUCACGCAGGCGCAGCAAGCGCGAAAUCGAAGAGGCACAAACGCAGGGGGGGAAGUCGAGCUUCACUGGUGGAGAUGCUCGAGAAGCUACAGAGAAAGAACUACGGCAACAGAUCCAGGCCAUUCGACUCAGGAAUGCUCUCGACCCUAAGAGAUUUUACCGUGGAAGUGCUGGUACCGGUGCAGAACGCGGCAUGCCGGCCUAUGCCCAACUUGGCCGCAUUGUCGGAGGAGGUCUGGAACCUUCCUCGAUCCUCAACCGCAGUCAACGCUCAGAAACGGUGGUGGGCGAACUCGGAGACGAUCCUUUAAGGCAUCCCUACCCGACGCCUUCAUACCACGCGGUGCUCUUUCCACAGUACUUUUAG